AUGGCCGACCACGCAGCCAACCAAGGCGCAGCCGACCCUCGUGCACCUAGCCACACUGCUGGUCGACAGCGAUCCGCAGACCCGGACGAGGCCCAGCUGCCUUUGCUCUCCGACACUGAUCAUGACAUCGACGAUCAACCUUCACAGCAUCCAGACAACCCACCGCAAAGACAUGCCAACAAAGACUCCAGGGACGACUGGCACUGGCUCGAGAGGCUUGUUUUCAAGACUCGCUUCCACUUUAUCGUUUCCGUCACCCUCUUCUUCGUCUUCUGGACCUUUGUCGCCCUCAUCUUCAGCGGUGACUGGCCAGGCAGCGACAUACGUUGGCCCUGGUCAAAGCGCCCGGGCCACCGCGCGCCCCUCGGCAACGACUUUUACGAAGCCCAGAACAGGCUAUCCAACCAGCCUUUCUGCCACCCCAAAGUCGGACUUCUCCAACUCAACGACGUACAAACAGAGCAGCCGAACGGAAGCCUCCACUUUGACAUCGACCGCAUCAACGUGGAUGGCUUUGAACGACGCAACACUGGAUGCCCGUGCCUCCAAGCUUCUCCGUGGCGCAGCUCGCUCGGUAGCGACUUUGACAAGCUCGCGGGAACCACCGUGCGCGAAGCGGCCAAGCGACGCCGCAAAACCGUGGAUCUCGUCAUGUCCAUCGCUCAAGGCGCGCCGUUCUAUACCCGCAAAGCCGCAGAAUGCUCGUCCUCUUCAUCUCUCCACCCAGGCGCCAACACUGCAGACCAUCAAGUCUUCCGCAGCCGCAAGCUCUGGCAAGCAGUGCAACAGCUCGCCUGGGCAGCCUCCUUGUACGCCAACGACGGCAUCAUGCCAGAACAGAUGCUACAGGCCCUGCGCCUGGAUCACACCCGCAUCGUCAGAGAAGCUCAUCGCCACAGUCGCGGAAGCAGCCACAACCGAACAGAAGCGCUGCAAACUACCAUCUUGGACGCACAAAAGUUUGUACAGUCUCUCCUUGCCAUCUAUUACGGCCUCGAGCAACCAGCCGAGACCUUCCUCAACGACGCCGUCAUCCACCACUUUUUCACCAUCCACGAACUCUCCACCGACAGCUCCACAGGCAGCACCCACUCUCCUUUUGACCUCGUCCGAAAAGAACUGCCUCGGCGUUACGCGGCUCUCUCGUCCGUCGGCCACCUCAACUUUGGCAGCGCGUUGCGAUUGCAGCAGAGGAACAAGCCUUUUCAGCUCUACGUCCUUCAUGAAGUGUAUGGCGAUCACGAGCUGGACAUUGCUCUGGAUCUCGAAAGGGGCCUCAUCGUCAGUACCCUAGCCCGGCUGGCCCUUGAUCAUGGCGAACCUCAGGAGGCAAAGGACUGCCAGCUGCUCCAAGAAUCCAAAAGCCAGAGUCCGUGGGAUUGGAUCCUGCAGAGCGUGCCUUCCGUCCUUCUCGACAUCACUUGGCGAUUGGAGGAACGCGACAGAGCCUCGUUAGCAGGCACUUACAGAUACGAGUCCGGCUUGUCCAAUCACUCGACGGCUGACUCGUCUCCCGCGAGCUUUGAUUGGGUCGAGGUCGACGUCGGGAUGGAGGACGCGGUUCCCUGGAUCACCAGGAUCGAGUAUGCGCCGGUCAGGGCGCGUCCUUCAUCGGCGUCCGCCCAAGUGCCCUUCUCUGCGGACCAGCUCACCACAGACAAGUCCAAUGGGUCCGUGUCUGUGCUGAAGAAGUACAACGUCGGUGGCACAGCCGACUUCUUGGCAGGGUGGACGUGCAAAUGGUCCCAAGAUCAAGUUGCCGAUUGCUAUCGUCCCCGCGUUGGCCAGGACGACAGCCGAUGCAGCUGCAAGGACUGGCGCACUGGAGUGACAUCGAGCUACCGAGUUGGACUCUGGCCCGUGCAAGAGGAGGGUCAAGUGGACACCAACGUCUUCCACAUCCCGACCGCGGCGAUCCGACUCGACGGCAACAGCUACAUGGACCAAGGCGUCGGCGGCUGUUCUGCAUUGUUCACGCCCGACGAGGAACAACACGUGCCCGAGAUGGAAGCGUUUGGAUACACGCUCAAGUUCACCGAGCCCGAACGCAACGAGGACGGCACGAUCCGCCAAGAGACGCAGCUGGAAUGGCUCGAAAAAGGACUUAAGAUGACGCGCGUGCCCCACCUUCAGCGCUAA